AUGAUUUAUCAGCGGCUCUUCUUGGGGCUGCUGCUGCUAUGCGCAGUACUUGCUCUAAAUCCUGCAAGCGCCAAAGGGGCGAAUUCUCGCUACAAGUUAUAUGGAAAUAGACGCAGCGUAGGACGCUACGGGAACGAUGUGGCCGAGGGUCGCCAAAAUAUGGACAUGUUUUGGUCGAAAUUGGGCAAGACGACAACCACAACUACGACAGCAGCACCAACUACUACCACUAUAACAACUCCACCUCUAGAAGACGAUGAUAAUGAAAAUUUCCUUAUGCAUGCACCUAUGCGCGAACAUGAAUUCACACACCAUAAUGAGGGUCAGCAGAGCGACGAUGAGGAGGAUGAUGACGAUAACGAAGUCAGUGCGACAGCCUCUAGCAUGAGCGAAGAUGGUGAUAACGAAGAUGAUGACAAUGAUUCGGAGGAACGUCAAUUGAGAGGUCCCGCAGGUAUAGGUCGAGCUGCCAAUUCCCGUCGACGUCGUGGUCAGCGUCGUCGUGGUAAGGGUGGAAAACGCCGCCGCCGUAUGGGCAUUAAAAAACGUUUAUCGAAGCGACGUGGUCUAAAAAGGAGUAGUAAACGCCGCCAGAUGACUAAGGCUCAAAUGCGUCGCCGUCGAGAGAAGAUGCGAGCGUACAGGAAACGCCUUCGUCAAAAUCAAGCUUUCAGACGCAACAAAAGCGCAUUUCGUCGACAAAAUUACCGGCGCAAAGGUCAAAAUCGAGUGAGUCGCAAAUCGGCCAAGCAGAUCAUGCGACGCCGUCGUCAGAAAAGAUUACGCCGCAAGCGCAGUAAAUUAAACAAUAGACGCCGUCUGCGAAAGUUCAAAAGGCGAUCCCGUGGCCGUAAACGCGUUGUUCGUGUAAAUGCCUGA